UGGAGCCGGCGAUGCCGAGCGCGACAAAACAAAGCGCGGUGUGGGCGAAGGCUGCGCGCGCUCCGCCCCUCGCGUCCCGCCCACGCGACCCCCUUCGCCCUCCCUCGCUCGUCGGGAACCUGCCUGGCAGCAUCCCGUGCCGCCGAGACUGACGCUUCGCCGCGAGGCAGAGCACAACGCGGCUACGGCAGGGGCUCAGCUGGCCUGUGCGCGGGAAGCACCGGCGGCGGCGGCGGCACGCUUUGCUCCGACGCCCGGCGGCGCGCCCUCGGCCGCCUCGCCUUCCCUUCUUCUUCCCUCUCGGCUGGGAACUGUUGCUUCUUCUCCCCCGUUGCCAAGGAGCCGGGCGCCAGGAGCGAGACAAAAGCCUUUUGUGAAGGAGCCGGGCCGGGGGGCCGAGGCGGAUGGAGAGGCUCGCCGGGAAAGCAGCGCGCCGCUUCUCCUGCCCUCGCCGGGCUGCACCGGGCUCGGCCGACCGGGGGGCGCCGCCGCGCUCGCCCUGACAUGUGGCGGCGCUGCGCCUGCUGCUGCCGUCGUCGCUUCUCCUCGGCUCCUUACCUGCGCGGUGGUGGCGGUGGCGGCGGCUGCUGCCCCUCAAACCCCUCAGGCGAGAGCUUGGUCGGGCCCCGGGCGCGGGGCGAAGGGCCGCCCGCUUGGCGCGAUGUGGACUCCGCUCUUGGGUUCCCUGACGGCUGGGCUCGCCGCCCUGCAGAAACGCCCGCGAGGUGCUGGCCCGGUCCUCGGCUUCGCUUGCCUGCUCGCUGCCCUCGUGCCGGGCUGGGGCCAGAGCCCAGACAACAGAUGUGCCAUCUCAAAUGCAGUGACGUGUACCAACUGUCUUGCUGUGGGCCCAGAGUGUGCAUGGUGUACUCAAGAGGAUUUCAUGGCUGGAACAAAACAGAAGGAACGAUGUGACACAGUUCUACACUUAAUGAAAAGAGGCUGCAGAACAGAUUUCAUAGAAAGUCCCAGCGUUGCUGUAACAAUGCCUGCCGGUAAUGCUAAUGUACAAGUGGCACCAGGAGAAGUUUCAAUCCAACUACGUCCAGGAUCUGAAGCAAGUUUUAUGUUGAAAGUACAGCCACUGGAAAAGUACCCUGUCGACCUUUAUUAUUUGGUUGAUGUGUCUGCAUCUAUGCACAAAAAUAUAGAAAAAUUAAACUCUGUUGGAUCUGAUUUAUCUCAAAAGAUGGAAAAUAUUUCCCUUGAUUUGCGACUUGGAUAUGGAUCUUAUGUAGAUAAGACGGUGUCGCCUUAUAUUAGCAUUCACCCAGGAAGAAUUCAUAAUCAAUGCAGCGAUUAUGAUCUCGACUGUAUGCCUCCUCAUGGCUAUAUCCAUGUUUUAUCAUUGACUGACAAAAUAGCAGAAUUCAGAAGUGCAAUUAGCAAGCAGAAAAUCUCUGGGAAUAUUGACACACCUGAAGGAGGCUUUGAUGCUAUGCUUCAAGCAGCUGUGUGCCAGAGCCAAAUUGGUUGGCGCAAAGAAGCCAAGCGCCUGCUUCUCAUGAUGACAGAUCAGACCUCUCACCUGGCGCUUGACAGUAAAUUAGCGGGGAUAGUAAUCCCUAAUGAUGGAAACUGCCAUUUGAAAGAUAAUGUGUACGUCAAAGCGACCAGUAUGGAGCAUCCAUCACUUGGCCAGCUUUCUGAAAAACUCAUAGACAACAACAUUAAUGUAAUUUUUGCAGUCCAAGGGAGCCAAUUUCACUGGUAUAAGGACCUUUUGCCUCUUCUGCCGGGAACUACUGCAAGACAGAUAGAAUCUCAAGCAGUGAAUCUCAGUGACUUGGUGGUAGAAGCCUACAAGAAUCUGGUCUCUGAAGUGAAAAUUCAGGUGGAAAACCCCAUCCAAGAUAUAAGUGUCAAGGUCACUGCAAUCUGCCCUGAUGGAAGCAGAAAAACCGGCGUGGAGGGAUGCAAAAACGUGAAAUCCACAGCUGAAGUGCUCUUCAAUAUUUCCAUUGCCAUGAAAGGAUGUAGUACAACUGAAGGAAGAAAAUACAUGAUGCUCAAACCGCUUGGUUUCAAUGAAUCAACCAGAGUUAAUAUACACAAAAUAUGUGCUUGUCAGUGUGAGGGCAGCAUAAAGCACAAAAGGAUAUGUGUCGAUGAAACAUCUCAGGAUGCAGAGACUUCGAGCUCCAGCGACAAAUUCUCUUCUGAGCAGUGCAAAAUGCCCAAGGGCCAUCUAGUCUGCAAUGGUCAAGGAGACUGUGUAGAUGGGAAAUGCAUUUGCCACAAAACCAAACUUGGCACAAUAUAUGGUAAAUACUGUGAAAAAGAUGACUUUUCCUGCCCUCAUCACUUGGGAAACUUAUGUGCUGGCAACGGCGAAUGCGAAGCAGGCAAAUGCAAAUGUUCUAGUGGCUGGGAGGGUGAUCGUUGCCAGUGCUCCUCAUCGUUACGGAAGCACUGCAUGAAUUCAAAUGGCCAGGUCUGCAGUGGAAGAGGAACUUGUGUGUGUGGAAGAUGCAAAUGCACCGAUCCCAGCAGUUUGGGCCAUUUGUGUGAAUUCUGCCCUACUUGUAGAAUUGCUUGCAGUGACAAACGGAAUUGUGUGCCCUGUCUUCACUCCAACUCGUCUCAAAUUGCCCUGGACCAGUGCAAAACUUCGUGUGCUUACAGGUUGCAUUAUACUGAAAAAUCUUCAGAAUGCACAGCCGAUGAUCCAAGCCACUUCAGAAUCUUUUUCAUAAUUUUUAUAGUUACGUUUCUGAUUGGGUUGCUUAACGUGCUUAUAAUCCGACAAAUAAUUCUGCAGUGGAGCAAUAACAAAAUGAAAACUUCAUCUGAUUAUAGAAUAUCUGCAACUAAAAAGGAUAAAAUGUUCUUGCCCACUGUUUGUACAAAAACGGUAACCUACAGACGUGAUAAGCCCGAAGAAAUCAACAUCAGCAAGUUACAAGUAAAUGAAACUUUCAAAUGUAACUCCUGAAGACAGGCUGCUUUCUUCAAAGCUUUGUUUUCUCAGCCAAGAAGUUUAUUUGAAAGAUACUUUGGGGGUUUGUGGUUUGAAUACUGUAAUGAGAAACUGACCUGAAAGCCUAGUUACACAACAUGGCUAGAUUUCAAACAGAGCUGCUCCAUUUUGGGGGAAAACAAAUGUGCAUUAACUACUGAUUAACAUGAUUAAACCAAUUAAAGCACAGAUAAUUUGGAUUGGAGCCAAUUCAGUCCCAUUUAGGAUCAACAGGAUCAAAUUGGCUUAAAUUUGACUGUUCUGGCAUAAGCAGGCUUCCUACCUGUUCACAACACCACUCUGCAUUGUAGCACUUUAACGUAACGUAACUUAUUUAGUAUUUAGCAUUGCCACGUAAUGCUGAUCUGAACUGGUGUUGCAAACGCACUGAUCUCACUUUAGUUAAGGAAAGGUUUGGUCUACAUUUCCCAAACUAUGUAAAGCAAAAUGUAGCUGGCACAAAAUCAGUGACAGGUCAACCGUUGGCACUUAACUCCUGUUCUGAGCACUGGGGAGAAAGCAGAUCAGAAAGAGAAAAAAACGUGGGACAGAAUACCCACAGAGAGAAUUGCCUGCAAAACAAAACAAAAAAGAUUGAAACAAUUCCUUGCCACUAUCACUCUGGCCCCGAUAAUCGCAAGCCUUGAUGUCCUACAUUGCACUAAUCUGGAGGAGAGAGGCUAAGUAGGCUUGCAUCCAGCCUACUAAAAAGCAAAAACACUAAACAGAGCAAUCUAAUCCCCCCCUACCCAGUCAUUGUGGAUGGUACUUGGAUGAGACGCAGAUAUUUCUCCAGCCUGACUCCACUGGCCUCCACCACCAGGAGAGCUCCAUCUUCAGCAAGAUAGCCCUACCAGCAAGAAGCACCCUAAUGCACCUUCCAAAAUGGUUGGUGGAAACUCCUGAAACACAGGAGAUGGUGGAGAAUCCUGUGCUGAUCCCUAUCUGCUGCCGUGUGAUGGUCACAGGCACUCUUCUCUGCACCAGCCUGGGAGGUAGCACAGCCAACAAGUGUCUCCUGCUCCCACCUCUACCUUCUGCCCUGGCUGGCACAAGUGGAACUGACUCUUAAGGCUACCAUCCUACAGCAUGCUUUGCCUAAGGCUAGCUCUGUUUCUGUCCCUGGGUCAUAGUCCCCAUGCCAGCAUGGGCUCAAAAUGGUAAGGGUCCUAGCGGGGGGCCACGGGUGGGGGGUUGUGUUCCUUCUGGCACCUCAGUAAGGCGACUCGACUCAUGUCCUGAGAACCACUGCUUUGUGUGAAGGAACGAAUAUGGUGAUCGUUCUGUGUUGCAUUUCAGAGAACACUAGAUAAAGGUAUAAGUACGUUUGUAUACAGAGCACACUUUAUGAAUCUCUUUUCUGUGCGUACUAACUAUUCUGCCUUUGUUUGCUUUGAGUCUUUCUAAAAUUGGAUAGAAUUGUUUUGUGUAGAAGACUGGAAUAAUCAAAGGGGUUAAUCACUACUGGAUUUUUUAAGAUAAUUUUUUAUAAUGGCUCAUUGUUACUUACGAAUAAUAACUACAUCAAGAAGACACACUAAAGCUUUUGACUCAAUUUGACCAGGGUGUGUUUGUGUGUGUACGUGUAUUACACACACACACACACACACACACACACACACACACACACACACACUAUAUUUUCCAUUAUAUAUAAUGGAAAAUAUAGUGUUAGUGCAGGAAAGUGUGAGGUGGUAAGCACAUGAGAAGAUGGCAGUAGAGGAAUAGAGCAGGCUGAGUCAGUCCCCACUCCUGCAGGUCUCUUGUCAACCAAAAAUUAAAGCUGGUAUAUUUUAGUGUUUUAAAGCUCUGCCCCUGUUCCAUGCAUGCAUGGAACUCCUUUCCUAAUGCUAUUGGAAGCUCUUUGCAUCCAUCCCAUUGCAUACAAGAAGGAUUCCCAUAGUGUUGGAGGGACAUCUGGAGCUGGGCAUUAUGACCCUGUGGAUUUUUGAAUGAAAAAUUAUUUAUUUUUGGAGACAGUGGAGUUGUGCUCGGUUGAGGCCACAGCGCUCAAAAACUGCACAAUCAUAGCACUUUUAGAAUUAGAAUGUAUCCUGUUCUUUGAAAAAAAAAUGCAACUCCUCUUGCUGAAACAACCAAAUCUCUUUGUGUUUUUAUUCAGUCUCCCCGAUACUUUGCACACUCCUUAAAAAAGGUACGCAAUUAGUGCCAAUAUACUUAAGUAUGUCAAAAGGAACAUCAUGCUAUCCACGAUUCCUGCCUACAGAUAUGCCAGGUUUUCCUUCUGUUUGUCAUGCCACAAUCUGUUUCAUACUUCAGUAUCGCUAUACAAUUCGAACACAUCUAAUUUGCAAUGUAUAUUUUGCAGUGGUUUUUGAUACCUUUUGCUUCCGUCAAGUUUUAAUGUGUACUGUAUUUUUUAUAUAUUUUUUGUAAAAGCAAACAUGGAUGAGUCCUGUUUUUAUAGAUUCAGUGCUUAAAAUGUGUAGGCUCUUUCUAGGAAAGAGGAGUUCAGAGUAAAAAUAAUUUCCCGUUGUUCAAUAUAAGAUUAAACACUUUGAAAUCACUGUCAUAACUUCUGUUGAAGCUUAAUACAUGUUUUUAUUUAAAAUGUAUUUUUGUAGUGUUCAUGACUAACUUUUUUAUUUCAGUUUUAUUUAUUUAUGUGUCACUUUAGUACAUUGUGAAAUAGUUUAUUUUUCUAUGAGAGCUGCAAUAACUAUGGCUUAGCAUUAAUUUAAUGCAAAAUUAUUGUACUUGGUCUCUAACGUUAAAGAAAUAUUGUCUCUAAUCCAUGGUUGACAUUCUGUUAUUUUGCAAUAAUAUUUAAACAAAAAACCUGUAAACGUCUUCCCUCUUAAUUUAUUUUCCUAUGAAGUUUUGCCAAAGAGUUAUUCAGCCCCAUUGCUAAAAUCCUACACAUUAUCAUUCAUGUGUAAGUCGUAUGGGUAUGAAUUUGAACAAUAUAUGCCCACCUGCCCACACUUGAUGCCAUAUGCGCUGUCAAGUGUGCGGCAUGUCGAGAGGCAGCUGCAUCCACUGUGUGACUUGAGUCGCACUAGCAAUAAAUACCUGCAAAAAAACCUUUUAACUCCCUGCCUAUCACCUGAAGACCAGCUGGUCAAUAUGGCGUCAGAUAAUUGACUGAAGGAUGGUCCCCACUCAUCUACCAAAGUUCAAACCAUUUCCUCGCCCCUGCUAUACACAAGAUGGAAUCCUGUGGAAACAUACGAGCCAAAGGGCAUGAGUUGUGAGCAGUUAUAUAAAUCAUCUUUUCAAAGUGUCUCCAAAAUGCAUGUCUUUCGCCCAAUUAGCCGGGCUCAUUCCCCCCCUCCCCCCUGCUUUAAUCAAUCAGGAAGGGCAAGGGUCAAAGAAAUACGUGGUGGUAUUCUGCCACCACAUCUCCUUCCUCACAUCUGGUGGCCAGGCUUUCAGCCUCUCAGACUCAAAACACAUAGCCAUUAUCUCACAGCAACACUCCUCCCUCCUUAUGAAAGCAAAAUGAAAGGUCAGAAAAUACCCACUCGGUAUACGACAGAGAAAUACAAUCAAUAUGCCACCCUCUCACAAUAGGACCAAAGAACAAAAAUGGGGACGAGAAAAUGCAAAGCUCCAAAAGGCCAGGUUGGGGACCUGUCAAGUCGCAAGACACAAUGGACUUCCAGGAACAGACUCAAACCUUUCAAUACCAGUUGCUAGAGAAGAGCAGUGGGGGGGGGGCUGUCGCCCACGUGCCUUGUUUUGGGGCUUCCCAGAAGCAUCUGAUUGGCCACUGUUGAAAACAGGAUACUGAACUAGAUAGGUAUUUCAUGUGAUCCAGCAGGGCUCUUGCGUUCCUUUGCAUUGUUCUCUUUAGUUGUCAAGGUAAAGGCAAAGGGACCCCUGACCAUUAGGUCCAGUCGUGACCGACUCUGGGGUUGCGGCGCUCAUCUCGCAUUAUUGGCCGAGGGAGCUGGCAUACAGCUUCCAGGUCAUGUGGCCAGCAUGACAAAGCCGCUUCUGGCGAACCAGAGCAGCACACGGAAACGCUGUUUACCUUCCCGCUGUAGUGGUACCUAUUUAUCUACUUGCACUUUGAGUGCUUUCGAAUUGCUAGGUGGGCAGGAGCAAGGACUGAGCAAUGGGAGCUCACCCCGUCGCGGGGAUUCGAACUGCCGACCUUCUGAUCGGAAAGCCCUAGGCUCUGUGGUUUAACCCACAGCGCCACCCGCGUCCCUUAGUUGUCAAAGGACAACCCAAAAGAGUGCUUUCUCUUUUGCAUUACCCCUUUGAUGGUGAGCCUUGGUGGAAAUAUCUCCCUGGCUAUGCCGCCAGGCACCAUAGCUCUUUCCUGGGUGCAACUUCCAAAGUGACUUCAUGAGUCUUGGUGCUCUUUCUACUCAGCAAAGAGGCAACAAGGAAGUCGACAACCAUCUUCCUCCUCUGGGGCUUUGUUUGGUUUUUCUAGCGCCAUUCUCCAUGCUCGGCAGCUUCCAUGGCAGGACCUUUGUACUCGGAUCUUGAGAGGCAGUUUUACUUAUGCAGGCCUCCCCACCUAAACUAAAGCACACAAAAACUAAUAUUGGUUUCUAUUGUCCACAAGAAUGAAAACAAAUCCGUAGGACUUUAUCCUGCUGCUUUGGGGUUUUAUUGCAAAUGAAGAAUGGGAUUGCAGUGGGAACAGCUAAAUCUCUACAAAGCUUACCAUUUCACUGUUACCAUUCUUGUUCUUAUUUUCUUUCAUUUAGUGGUUCCAGUUGUUUGCUGAGCAUAAUCUCUGCAUGCUCCCAAGAACUUUCAGAUAUAUUGAAUUUGCAGCUUGACCCCUAGGACAAUCAAGACAACAAUAUUUU